UGUUUUGAGCUGUACACGUUUUCUUUCUCUUACCCUCUUUUUAAAAUAUAUUUAAAAAUUAUACUCAAUGACAUAAGUUAAUGAUGAUUGUUGUACUUUUUAUCCAUAAUUAAUGGAUACAAAGAUACAAUGUUUCAAAAGUAUUGACCAAAAAUGGAUGAGUAAAAACAGAAUAUUUAUGGUGCAGUACAAGUUAUAACCAGUAGAGGCGGUGCAGCACCCUGGGGCCAAUCACAUGCGCCAGAGGAAGCCAGCGAGAGGCUGUGACGGGAGCGGGUAGUUUGAAUCUUGUUUUGGUCUUCUUCAUAACAUUUCCGGUAAGAAAACGUCUUUUAUUAUUGUUCUGUAAUGAAUACUUGAAGCGAAACGUGAAUCCUUUCUUCGCUAAUGUUCACUGUAAGCGUUUAUGAGUCUCUAACGGUUCGUUGGAACCAUUUUUAUCCACGCCUCUGACAUUUUCAGCCGAAUUUCACAGAAAAACCGACGAAUUUUAGUACAAAAGUGAUUACUGACAUUAAGAACGCCAACAUUUGUAAUGCUAAACAUAAAUACGGCCUAAUACAAGCCCUUUAUCAAAUUCGGCUCAAAAAUAAACGACAACCACAAAGUGACGAUUUCCAUAAAAUCGGAGGGCUGAAUCCCAAACCCAAGUUUGUGAACAAACCUGUAUUUAGUUUCACAAAAGCAGAAGCACAUAAGUUAUCAUGGUGAUUUAUGCCGUGCAGCUAUCCUGCUCCAUGCCAGGCUAAAGUAAUCCUGGCUCCUUAUUAAGCGCCAAGUCAGACCGAUCAGAAGCCAAUAUGUUCCGUUUUCUUACCUGUCUGUUUUAACAUUAUGGCUUAAAAUAUCACUGAAUCAUGUUGGCAGUUAUAUUAUUAUUUUAAAAUUACGUGCAUUGUAACUGUUCGAUUAUGUUUCGGAAACUGCUGUUGUUCUAAUAACGUUUACAACCUAAAUUAACUUUGGUUUUGGCACUUUAUUAAACAAAUGCACAGUUUAAGUCACAAUAUUUCAGACAUGUACUUAUUUACGUCAUAAACAUACCUUGUGUGUUUAUCAAGAGGGCUGCAAAAAGAUACAUACAUUUUUAUCUCCGUUACAACUUAUCUUCUUUCUUUAGUUUGCCGUUAAGUUGCCUUUGCGCAAACCGUUAAGCGGGAAAUUGCACCUUCAGAAUAAAAGCAUGACAACUCAAACAGGAAGUUUGCCAUAGUUAGAAGUAAGUAAAGGCGAUAUGCGCAUUUUUAUGGUUUCCCCUGCAGAAUUGUCUUUGUUUUAGAUAAUUUUUGCACAAAUGGCUUAUAAAUUUUUUCUUUUUCUUUUUUUUUACAUCAUCACCUGAAUAUUCUACUAAUUUGGAGAUGAGAAGGCAAAUUUUCUUUAACAAUAAUGAGCUUGUUGAUUAUUGGUUAGUGAUUGAUUCUUUGGUUUCUGAUCGAUGCAGGUGCAGAGAUGGAAGGAUUGUCGGUCAGCUCUCAAUCAGCCAAUCAGAGCAUGGUGCAGGUAAACGUGGAGGCGGGGCUUCAGGAUGGGGGCGGGGCCAGCCAGUGGAGCACUUACUGUAAAGAGGACCUGAUGAGAGGAGGGGAGGAGCUGUCCUUUGAGGAGCUGCGGGCCAAAAGAUACUACCAGCAGACAGAGAAGGAGGUGGAAGAGAAGAUGAGACACCUGAAGCAGCAGAAGGAGGAGCUGAGUCGGGAGCUGGAGAAGAGCCUGCUGCUCAAAAAGUCCCAAGAGAUCAGCAACGUGGAUCAACCUGCUGCUGCUCCCUUCAAAAUACUGGAUGAGUCUGGUUCCGAAGAGUUCGCCGGGAAGUCGGGUCCGUCCUCAGACGAGCUGCCAGAUGACGUCUUCCUGCGACCCGAUGAGAAGGGGCUCUGUGUGAGGGUCCAGUUUCCAACAAAACCCAAUCAGAACCAGCAGCAGAACCGGCCACCAGAUCAGGCUGGUGGUUCUUAUGUGUUCGGUCUGAUCUCAGGUCAGCCGAGUUGGAACAAGCGGGACCUCCGGGCCGAGCCGGAUCUCCGGGCUGAGCCGGACCUUGGUUCUCAGGAAAACGUCUCUCAGCCCAAAAAGCAGCUGAGCCCCAUAGAGGAGAUCAGUGUGGAAGCAGCAUCCCUCCCUUCUCCUGGAGAACUGUCUGGGGGGAACUCCAGUCCACUGGACCAGAACCAGGAGCAGCACCAGGACCUGGAGAAGAACCAGGACCAGAACCAGUAUAAGGAGCAGAACCAGGAGCACAACCGGUAUAAGGAGCAGAACCGGCAUAAGGAGCAGAACCAGGAGCAGAACCGGCAUAAGGAGCAGAACCAGGAGCAGAACCGGUAUAAGGAGCAGAACCGGUAUAAGGAGCAGAACCAGGAGCAGAACCGGCAUAAGGAGCAGAACCAGGAGGAUCUCAGUCGGUCUCAUGCUGUGGAUCCCUGCGACCCGGAAGUCCGUAGACAGCUGUUGGAUAUUUUUGACAUCACUUCCUCUCCAAACGUUCAUCCGGAGCAGCGCCCCCUACCUGCUGUUGAGGCGUGCAGCGUUCUGGACCUCGGGGGCGACACAUUCUUCAUUCGAAGCAGACUUUUGGACAGAGGCAGCGUCUCCAUCUUCAGAGCAGCUGCAGAGAAUCAGUCUGUGUUUAUAAAGGUGGAGCGCUGCUCGGCCCCCUGGGAUUUCUACCUGUUCACCCGCCUGAAGGAGAACUUGCCGUCUGCUGACAGAGCUGCUCUGAUCAGCUGCUUCCUGUUUGAGGACGGCUGCGUCACCGUCUACAGGCUGCCUGCAGACCACCAGCUCACUGUGUUGGCGGACUGCGGCCUGGAUCCGGCGUGUGUUGGCGUGAAAGCCGUCAGGCUGCUGGAGCUGGUGCUGCAGCUGCAUCGCCGCAGCCUGCUGCAUGCGGGGCUGCGGCCCGGCAUCCUGGCCUCCUGCGGCGCCGCGGCGUCCCGGGACUGGCUCUUCCCGCUGGACUGGUCGUCCUCGCUGGACCUGGAUCUGCAGAAAGACGUCCGGUCCGUCCAGCAGGUCCCGUCCGCUCAGGCCUACCUCAGGCUGGGUCUGCUGCAGCCCGCCGACCCGCCUCACACCGUGGACCUGGUGGGCGUGGCUGAAACUAUCUACUUCCUGUUGACCAACAGCGAGAUGAAGCCAGAGAAACUCGGCAGCAGCUGGACAGUGGAGCACGACGUCUUGACGUCGACCUGGCGAAAGUUUUUCUGUUCGCUGCUGAACGCCGGCGGUCGCUCUUCCGUCUCCGUCCUGUCGGAGCUGAAGGACGAGCUUUCCAAGAUUUAUCUGUGAAGCAUCUGUGUGUCAUGUUGUCUGUUUAAUAUUUGGUUUCAUUAAUAAAUAAAGUAAAACACUA